AUGACUUCAGAAGAUAAGGAGUUUUCAGAAGGUGGCACCUUCUCGCCAAAAGCCAGCACCAGUAAGCUGCCAACAGAUGCGUCUCCUGACUCUAAAUGCCCUAUCUGCUUGGACAGGUUUGACAAUGUGGCCUAUCUGGAUCGCUGCUUGCAUAGGUUCUGUUUCCGCUGUGUCCAGGAAUGGUCAAAAAACAAAGCAGAAUGUCCCCUCUGCAAGCAGCCCUUUUUCUCCAUUUUCCAUACGAUUAGAGCGGAAGAUGACUUCAAGGAGUACAUCCUCAGCCCUUUGGAACACAGAUCUUUUGCCAGCCCUGACGGCCGGCGGUUUCGUUACCGCACCACCUUAACGGGCGAGCGCCGCACCCGUGGCGCCCCCCCCCAAAGGGUGCUGUCCCCUCCAGAAAACGGGGUGCUGUUUGAAGGGCUGUUCAGCGAGCCGGUGCGGCAGAGAGCCGGGGAGAUCCAGCGGAUGAUGAGGAGGCUGGCCUCCAGGAGGCGGGCUAGCGCGGAGGGCAGGUCCAUGCGGCAGAUCGAGGAGGAGGAGAUGAUCAGCUUCCGCAGAGCCCUGUACCGCACCGGCAUGCAUAUCCGGAGCAUCCAGGACGGUGGCCGCUACCGAGACAUUUCGGCAGAGUUUUUCCGCCGCAACCCUGCUUGCCUUCACAGGUUGGUUCCUUGGCUGAAGCGAGAGCUCACCGUCCUGUUUGGUGCUCAUGCAUCUUUGAUUAAUAUUGUGCAGCACCUUAUCAUGAGUAACGUGACUAAGUAUGAUAUUGAAAGUCCGGCCUUUGCUGAUGAUUUAAAGCCAUUUUUGCUGAAUCGGACGGAACACUUCUUACAUGAAUUCAUCAGUUUUGCUCGUUGUCCUUUUAACUUGGAAGCAUACGAUCAGCACGCCAAUUACGACUGUCCUGCGCCAUCGUAUGAUGAAGGAAGCAACUCUGACUCGUCAAUUAUUACGAUAUCUCCAGAUAUGCCAUAUUCACAAGGGCCAGAUAACAGUUUGUCUGUGACUGAUCUUGAUCAGGCCCCCUGGGAUGAUGAAACUCCUGGGCCUUCCUAUUUCAUUUCAGAAGAUAUUCCUGCAACCAUAGCUUCACCUCUAGAGACAUCAGAAAGUUCUGAUGAGGACUCCGCGACAAAGAGUGAAAGAACCAAACUGCAAGCUCAGUUACAGGCUAAUACCAACUCUAAUGAUAGCAACUCUUCUUCAGACAAUUGUGUUAUUGUUGGGUAUGUUAAGCCAUUAGCUGAGAGGACACCAGAAGUGGUUGAGCUGUCCUCGGACUCUGAGGAGUCCGUCAGGGAAGAGAAGAGGGAAGAUCUGAAGAAAAAGCAGCAAAUCCAGUGUCGCAGCUGGAGUGACAGUGAACCAAGCAGGAGUUUCUCACCACGUUCCCCGACGUAUAAGGAGGAUGCAGGUAGCUGUAGAAGCUACCUAUCUCUUGCAGUUGACAAGGCAGAGCCAAAAGAUGUUGAGAAGAACAAAUGUAAGGCAAAAGAUCUGUCUCCACAGGACUUGAGCUGGAGCCCCUCUCCUGAGAGUGACACAGUAUGCUCCCCUUGGAAUCACAGAUUUUCUAGAAAGGGAAAAUCCGUGAGCCCACAAUCCUAUUCACGGAGCAGUCGAGGCAGUCAUGGCCAUCGAUCCAGGAAGGAGCACCACAGCAAAAGCCAACUUAAAAGGAGACGAUCGAGAAGCAGGGAUAGGACCAAAAGAAGCCACAGGAGGUCAAGGACUCGUGACUCCAGAGUCUCUCUGAGAAACCAGAGAGGGUCUCUAAGUCAUGAGAGCACCCCAUCCAGAGAAUUCAGCAGAUCACGAUCACGUAGCAAAGGCCACAGCAAAAGGAGAUCAAGAAGCAGAGACAGUGGUCGUUAUUAUGCAAGAGACCAUUAUCAAAGGAGAUACCACUGGGGUUAUGCUUUGUGUAGCCGAAAGGUGUACAGAGAUGGCUGUGAGUCCUCCAGCAGGAGGAGGACUCAGUUGAGCACUCUUUACUCAAGGCAAUCUCCUAGUCCAGAACUCAGGAUACGAUCGUUUGUUGAAAGGGCCGAUUCAAACAGCCAGAGGGGAAUCCAUGAGAGACAUUACUACUGUUAUGAAAGGUGCAGGUCAAGGAGUCGAUCAAGCAACAGGUCAAGGAGCCCUUCUGGAGGAACUGACAGAAUGAAAAUUGAAAAGCCGGGUGGCAAAAGAAAGUACAAAACUCGCCACUUGGAGAAUGCAUUAAUGGGGAGCACAAGUCUAGAAAGGGAAAAUGACCUCAAGAAAACUUUCCCAAAAUUCAGUGACUGCUACAAAAACGAAGAUAGUCUUUCGGACAAUCGAGCAAGCAGUGAGACAAAGCAUAAGAAAAAGAAAAAGAGGACGAGGAGUCCAAGCGUGGAGAUAGUCUAUGAAGGAAAAGCGACAGACACAACAAAGCGUCUUAAAAAGAAAAAGAAAAAGCAUAAGAAGAAACACCGGAAGCGCCGCGUGAGUGACUCGGCGCGUUCUUCUCCAGUGGUGAUCACGAUCGACAGUGAUAGCAGCAAGGAGCUGGAGAGUACCGAGUGUGACAGCAGUACUGCUUGGACAGGCACAGGCCAGACAAACAAGGGGGAACACGGGUCUCCGUCUGCUUUUCCGGGGAGGGCAAGAUGUGAGGAUGUUUACAGAGUUGGUGAGGAAACUGGAGGAGCUGCCAAAAGCCACAGUGUUCCUACCAUAAAGGGAGAUUUAGAUGGUGAUGUUAGAAAUGCUGAUGUUGACCUUCAAGAAACAGCAGCUGAUCAGAGUUGUGUCACGGUGCAUUCCAGAAGUAAUGACCCCCUCCCAGAAACGGGAACCAGCAAUGUUCAAGAAGCACCAGCAGCGCCUUCCAGUCAACAGCCUUCCCCGAGGAUUUCUUUCCUAGAGUGUCCAGAGAGGCAACCACUGACAUUAAGACUGCCAAAGAGACUUGUGAACAGAUCAUCUUGGUUUGAUUUCCCAGAAGAAAAAAUGUAG